AUGAAAGAUUUACUUUUAAUCAUCUUUAUCAUAUUAUCCUCAUGUCAAGCUCAGUAUUUAGAAAGUCCUUAGUUAGAAUAUUUUUUAAAUAAUAUUGAAUUUGCUAACUAAGGGUAGUUCUUUUAUGAUAAUAAUUUAGAUCUCGCUAUCAUUAUUUAACCAGAUAAGGAAUAAGAUUAAAUAAAAUUAUAUAGGAAUUUCACAACAAAUAAAUAUGAGCAUCCAAAGCAGCUGACAGUAAAGAAUUUACCUUAAAAAUAUGAUAAGUUUGUUUUUAUUCCUGAAAUACAAUAGAUUUUGUAUGCAUCAUCAAAUUAAACUUCAAAUAUUUAAUAAAUUUCAUCUAUUUCAUAUAGAGAUAACCAAUUAAUAAUAAGUGAAUCAUAAACAAGAAUCAAGUCAGUACUCUCAAUUGAGUAUCAACCAAUUACAAAUAUCAUAGUAAAUAUAUUCAUCUGUGGUCUAGAUAAUAAAAGUAAUUACUAAAUAGAAGUUUGGCAAAUAAAUUAGCUAGGAGAAAUUAAACAUUUUGAAAGCUUGAUCAAAGUAGAAAAAAAUAUUUUGAAAACGUUUUCAAAUAUUUAUAAAAAAAAUAAUAUUGACUAAUAAUUCUCUUAGAAAAGAUAUAGCAUAAUCUAUCUUUCUUACUUGUUAGAAAGCAGUCUAUUAUCUCAGUUUAGCAAGCAAUAGUAUUUAAAUUUAUUUAAGAAUUAAACUCUAAGCAUUUUAGAUGCAGAGAUUUUCUAUCUUAGGAAAAAUAAUGAUUAAAACAAUGUUACAGCUAAUCACCUAAUUAAUAAGUCUAAUAUAUUUGGAGAUUUAAUGACCUUGAAUUCGACCAAGCUCAAAAAAGGAUUGACUAAAAGUUCUAAAAAAAUAAAAUUAGAUUAAUAACAACUUCAAAGUAAUCUUAGUUAUGCCAACUAACUUGCUCCAUAAAACUUUACUCUAAUUAAGAGCGAAAUAAAGGUUUUUGGAUAAAAUAAUAAUUACUACGAAGCAGAAAAAGAACUUUUUAAUGAUAAAAAUAUCAAUGAGUAUGAUAGAAUAAUUUGUUUGAUAAUCUAAGAAGAUAUUAAUAAAGAUCAAUAAUUUAGAAAAUUGCUUAAAUGUUAAUCAAAAUUAGAGUCUCUACAAAUUUCUAUGUAGUUAGAUUUAUUUUAAUAGCUUAUUUCAGAUCCACAAAAUAGUAGAAUCAUAUCAAUUCAACCUUAUUAGAGUGGAAAAACAAAGAUUACUCUUUAUGACCUUUAGAAAUUAGAAGAAUAGGAUAAAAUUAUAAGCAUGUAAGAUAUCCAAUCAUAAGUAGAUUGCAUAGUUUUCUAUAAUUUUUAGCAAGAAAAACCAAAAAUUUUAAAUUUAAAUGAAAAUAUAUUGCUAAUGUAAGAGUCACUUAAUAACUACUACCAAUGCAACACAAAAUCCGGACUUGCAACAAGAAAUAAAACACCAGAUAAUUGGAAAUAAUUGUUAUUAAGCAAUGAUUACAAAGUUUUCUAAAGGAAAAAUAGUAAUUCUACUUUGAUUAUAUUCACAAAUCAAUAGUCUAAAAGAUUUAUAUUAGCUGAAGGUAAAUAAAGAAAAAUGGCAGAUAUUAAUCAUUAUGGACUUAAAAUACUAAAUAUGAUUCCAUUAUUUGUAACUAUUGGACUUUUUUUAUUUAUUAUUCUGAGAUUGAACAACUACAGAAAAGUAUAGAGAAAGCUAAGUGCAUAAAUAUCUACAUUCAAAAGUACCUUCAUCACUUACUACCAGUUUAAAUUGAGAUAUAUGAAACGAGAAGAUUUUAUGAGAUCUAGAUACAGCUUUUACUUUAAUUAAGUGGCUCGAGAACAUCAAAAUAAUGGAUAUGAAAUAUAUGUAGAUCAAUUCAAUCAUAACAAAGCUUAUUUAGUUAAGGUAAUUAAAAUUCAAUCAUUUUAGAACCAAGACUAUGUCUAGGAAUACAUCAACACUCAUCUUUAGCUUUCUAAAUAUGAAGGAGUUGUGAAAUUAUUACAUUAUUGCAUCAUUCCAGAGCAAAUGGCUUAUAUUAUUACAGAUGUCCCUAACAAAACUUUGCAAAGCUAGAUUGAAUAAUAGAUUGCCAUUUUAGAAUAGUUUGAUGACAAAAUAAUUUUAAAAAUAGCAUAAGAGGUAAUAAAUUGCCUUUUGCUAAUUUAAAAGGAAUUAGAUUUACCACAUAGAGAUAUUAAGCCUUCUUCAAUAGUUUUAGCUUCAGAUGGUUAAUACAAGCUUACAAAUUUUAGACCUAGUCAAUUCAAUUUAGCUUCAAAUUAUAUGCUCAUUUUGUCUUAAGGCUCAAUUGCAUUUAUGUCACCUGAAGUCCGUUUUUAGAUUGAAGUGUAAAUGAGCAACGUUAACUAUGAUCCUGAAGAAGAAGAGGUUGGAUAGAGCUACGAAAUUUAUAAAAAGUCUCUUGAUUAAAAUAUAAACGUUUUAGACUACAUUAAAAACGAAGAAGAAAUUCACUUGUAUGAUUAAUACAAAGCAGAUAUUUUUAGUUUAGGAUUAACUCUUCUUUUAGCAACAACCAAAAUGGGUAUUGAUGGUUUAAAUAUAAACAAAGAACUACUGAGUGAAAGAAUUCUUAAAUUAAAAUCGAAUACAAAUUUUUCUGAUAAAACAAAAGACUUAAUAGAAUCAAUGCUUAAAUGGGAAGAAGAUGAAAGACCUACAUACGAAUAGCUGCUUUCAAUGAUUUAAGAAUGA